AUGUCCCUAUGGAAUAUGGAAAAUGAAGCUACUUCAAGCUCUUCAAAUUCAGCAUCAAAAAGGAAACGAGGCCAGAAGUCCCCAACCUUCUUCUACCUGCAGGCACAUUUAGAGAUUUUCUGUCAAGCGAUUCGUUGCCUGCAAAGAAAAGAAAAUGUUAAAUUUCAAAAGCAAAGUGAGAAUGGCUGCAUUCGUCAGAAUUUAACCAGGGCUCAGUCAAGUUGUAUGGUUCCCUUUACUUACUGGUCAGUUAUACUACCAUAA